UUUCCAUGAAGACUGAUGCAUCAAUGGAUUGUCCAUUUAAAUUCAGUUCAGGAGACCCUUCUGCUGAUGUGAGUAACAAACAGGAUGGGUCAGUGUCUUCCAUUGGAAAGAAGCAGCUGGGCUCCAUUUUUAAGAAGCUUGAGGACACAGUCAUUUCUCUAUUGAAGAAAGAGCUGAUGAGGUUCAAGGCACUACUGAGCUCAGAUUACUCAAUGUCCUCUGAGAUAGAGGAAGAACAUCAGGUCAGAGAGGGGUUUCUGAAGAUCACACUUCACGCCCUGAGAAAGAUGAACCAGACAGACCUCGCUAAAACACUACAGACCAAGCUGGCCCCUUUGUAUGUGAAAAAGCACAAAUCCAGACUAAAGGAUACCUUUCAACGAAUAAAUGAAGGAAUAUCAAAGCAAGGAAACUCGCUUCUGAAUGAGAUCUACACAGAGCUCUACAUCACAGAGGGAGGGAGUGGAGAGGUCAACACUGAACAUGAAGUGAGACAGAUUGAGAGAACAUCCAGAAGACCAGAGAUGCCAAUCAAGUGCAAUGACAUCUUCAAAACCUUACCAGCACAAGACAAACCCAUCAGAACCGUGCUGACUAAAGGAGUGGCUGGAAUUGGAAAAACCGUCUCUGUGCAGAAGUUUAUCUUGGACUGGGCGGAAGGGAAAGAGAAUCAGGAUAUUCACUUCAUGUUUCCACUUCCGUUCAGAGAGCUGAAUUUGAUGAAGGAGAAAAAUAUGAGUCUGAUGGGGCUUCUGUAUCAGUUUGUUACAGGUACAGAAGAGCUGAGAUCAAAAGACAUUCAUGACUAUGAAGUCCUUUUCAUCUUUGAUGGUCUCGAUGAGUGUCGACUUCCUCUAAAUUUCCGGAACAAUCAGAGGUUGUGUGAUGUAACAGAAGCAGCCUCAGUGGACGUGCUGCUGACCAACCUCAUCAUGGGGAAUCUGCUUCCUUCUGCUCUCCUCUGGAUCACCACUCGACCAGCCGCAGCCAGUCAGAUUCCUCCUGAGUGUGUAGACCAGAUCACAGAGGUAAGAGGCUUCAAUGACCCUCAGAAGGACGAGUAUUUCAGGAAGAAGAUACACAAUGAGAGUCUGGCCAAUAAAAUCAUCACACACAUCAAAUCAUCAAGGAGCCUCCACAUCAUGUGCCACAUCCCAGUGUUCUGCUGGAUUACAGCCACUGUUCUAGAGGCAAUGUUACUUGAAUCGGAAAGCGGAAAGAUCCCCAAUACUCUGACUCAAAUGUUCACACGCUUCCUGAUCUUUCAGACCAAACUGAAGACCCAGAAGUAUGAAGGAAAAUGCGAUGUGGAUCUUCAGCAGACCAAAAAAAAUCUUCUGUUACUGGGCAAACUGGCUUUUGAACAGCUGGAAAAAGGGAACCUGAUCUUCUAUGAGGAAGACCUGAGAGAGUGUGGCAUUGAUGUCAGAGAAGCGUCGGUGUACUCAGGAGUUUGCACACAGAUCUUCAGAGAGGAGUUUGGGCUGCACUUGGGGAAAGUCUUCAGCUUUAUGCAUCUGAGCAUUCAGGAGUUUCUUGCUGCUGUAUAUGUGUUUGUGUCCUUUGUCAACAAAAACAUAUUCACUUCCAAGUCAAAAAUGCUGGAAUUUCUAAAGAGUGAAGUGGACAGGGCCUUACAGAGUGCAAAUGGACACCUGGACCUUUUCCUCCGUUUCCUUCUGGGUCUAUCACUGGAGUCUAAUCAAGCAGUCUUUCGAAGCCUACUGAAACAGCGAGGAAGCAGCUUUCACAGUGGACAGGGCAUCGUUAAGUACAUUAAGAUGAAGAUUAGGGAAAAUCCCUCUUCAGAGAAAUCAAUCAACCUGUUCUACUGUCUAAAUGAAUUGAAUGAUCAUUCUCUGGAGCAGGAAGUACAAAUAUUCCUGAAGAGAGGUAGAAGUGAUAUUUCCAACCUCUCUCCUGCUCAGUGGUCAGCUCUGGUGUUUAUGUUGCUAAACUCAGAAAAGGAACUGAAUGAGUUUAAACUGAGUGAAUAUUAUCCAUCUGAAGAAUGUUUAUUGAGGCUGCUGCCAGUGGUAACAGCAUCCAGGAUAGCCGAUCUGAGUAAAUGUCAUCUCAAAGAUGAAAGUUGUUCAGCUUUGGCCAAAGUUCUCAGCUCAUACUCCUCAAGUCUGAGAGAACUGAACCUGAGUAACAAUAACCUGCAGGAUUGUGGAGUGAGGAUGCUCAGUGCUGGACUGGGAAGUUCAACCUGUCAUCUGGAGACAUUAAAGUUAUCUAAUUGCUGCAUUCGAGAUGAAGGUUGUGCUGCUCUGGCUACAGCUCUGAAAUCAAACCCCUCACACCUGAGAGAACUCAAUCUGAGCUAUAAUUAUCCAGGAGAUUCCGUAGUAAAGCAGCUCUGUGGUGUACUGGAGGAUCCACAGUGCAAACUUAAGAAACUACAACUGGAACACUGCUGUAUUCGAGAUGAAGGUUGUGCUGCUCUGGCUACAGCUCUGAGAUCAAACCCCUCACACCUGAGAGAACUCAAUCUGAGCACAAACACACUGAGAGAUUCUGGAGCAAAGUUGCUUUCUGCUCUACUUGAGGAUCCACAGUGUAAACUGGAGAAACUACAGCUGUCUCACUGCAGUAUUGGAGAGGAAGGUUGUGCUCUUCUGGUUUUAGCUCUGAAAUCAAACCCCUUACACCUGGAAGAACUCAAUCUGAGCUUUAACAAACCAGGAGAUUCAGGAGUGACACUGCUGUCUGCUGUACUGAUGGAUCCACAGUGUAAACUGGAGAGACUACAGCUUUCCACCUGCGAUAUUAGAGAGAAAGGUUGUGCUGCUCUGGCUUCAGCUCUAAAAUCAAACCCCUCUCACCUGAGAGAACUCAAUCUGAACUUUAAUAAACUAGAAGACUCAGGAGUGAAGCUGCUUUGUGCUGGACUGGUGGAUCAACACUGUAAACUGGAGAAACUAUGGUUGUCCUGGUGCAGAAUCGGAGAAGAAGAUUGUCCCGCUCUGGCCUCAGCUCUGAAAUCAAACCUCUCAAGCCUGAUAGAGCUGAAUCUGAAUAAUACUGCACCAGGCGAUACGGAAGUGGAGCUGCUUUCUGCUCUGUUGAUUGAUCCACAUUGUAAACUGGAGAAACUACAGUUAUCUCGCUGCUGUAUUAGAAAUGAAGGUUUUGCUGCUCUGAUUUCAGCUCUGAAAUCAAACCCCUCACACCUGAGAGAACUCAAUGUGAAUGAAAAUGAUCUAGAAGAUUCUGAAGUGAGGCUGCUCUCUGAUCUACUGAAGGAUCCACGCUUUAAACUGGCGAAACUACAGCUGUCUCACUGCCGUAUUAGAUAUGAAGGCUUUGCUGCUCUGAUUUCAGCUCUGAAAUCAAACCCCUCACACUUGAGAGAACUCGAACUUAAUGAAAAUGAUCCAGGAGUUUCUGAAGUGAGGUUGCUCUCUGGUCUACUGAGGGAUCCACGCUUUAAACUGGCGAAACUACAGUUAUCUAAUUGCUUUAUUCCAGAUGAAGGUUGUGCUGCUCUGGCUACAGCUCUGAAAUCAAACCCCUCACACCUGAGAGAACUCAAUCUGAGCUAUAAUUAUCCAGGAGAUUCCGUAGUAAAGCAGCUCUGUGGUGUACUGGAGGAUCCACAGUGCAAACUUAAGAAACUACAACUGGAACACUGCUGUAUUCGAGAUGAAGGUUGUGCUGCUCUGGCUACAGCUCUGAGAUCAAACCCCUCACACCUGAGAGAACUCAAUCUGAGCACAAACACACUGAGAGAUUCUGGAGCAAAGUUGCUUUCUGCUCUCCUUGAGGAUCCGCAGUGUAAACUGGAGAAACUACAGUUAUCUAAUUGCCAUAUUAGGGAUGAAGGUUGUGCUGCUCUGGCUUCGGCCCUGAAAUCAAACCCCUCACACCUGAGAGAACUCAAUCUCAAUAAUAAUGAAUUGGGAGGUUUAGGACUGAAACUACUCAAUGAUAUACAGGAGGAUCCACAAUAUAAACUAGAGGAACUACAUAUCUGUCCUGUACUGUAAAUGCAAAACAAACAACUGCCUUCUGCCAUGAAGAACAAACAGCUGCUUGCUGCCACCUACUGGACAAACACUUUGUCUGUUAGGGUUAUGAACUCGCAUGUAGUAAUAACUGA